AUGAGCGUUUACCGUCGAGGCCUUGCCGAAAUCGGCAUUAAUAGGACGCCGCUGCCUAAUCGAAGCAAACCUGCUACUUUGAAGGCGAAUAUCAACAGCGAAGAAAAGCUGAAGAAUAGCGCCGAUUCUACAACACUUUCAACUGUGCCUGAGAUUGACUAUUCAUCGCGAGUUGAUGAUGACCAUUAUUACAUGUUGAAGUCGCCUUAUCAACUCAAAACUCCGUUCUUUUGGAGCGUGACUAUGGGUUCGACAAGGAGAAUCAGUUUGAUGAUGGACGAGAAUUUAUCGAAGGCUGACGUGGAAAGGUAUAGUCGUCAGCUACUUGUUCACGAAUUUGGAGUCAAUGGUCAGAAGGAACUGAAAGCGGCACGAGUGUUGGUGGUGGGUGCGGGUGGACUUGGAUGCCCGACAGCCAUGUACCUAGCAGGAGCUGGUGUUGGAACGCUUGGAAUUGCUGAUUUUGACAAGAUAAUGCAGCUACAAGAUAUAUGCUCAAUGACGUCUGCGUUUUUCUCAAUAAGCCUCUGGUUAGUGGUAGCGCAUUACGCUGGGAAGGUCAACUUACUGUCUACAAUUACGGAGAGGAUGGUCCAUGUUAUCGCUGUCUCUUCCCACAUCCACCAGCCGCACAUUUGGUCACGAACUGCAGUGAAGGAGGGGGAAGCACCCACAAUUCACGCUCCGAUCGAUUACGAAGUCUUUUGUGGCUCCGGGGUUGUAGAUAAGAAUCCAUCACUCUCGUUGUUGGAUCCAAAUGAACGCGUCAGCGUGAGCGAGUAUUCGACGGCGAGAAAGUCACCGACCAUUUUGGUAGACACUCGACCCAAACACGAAUUUGCGAUUGCAUCGCUUCCCGAAGCACGAAAUAUUCCAAUGGAUUCGUUAAAGCAACUGGAAGACAUAGAACUACGAAAGUUGCUGGGAUUGUCUGAAGCGGCUGAUGUUUUCGUGAUUUGUCAUCGCGGAAACGACUCUCAGUUGGCGGUUCGAUUGAUACAGGAGCGUUUCAAAUCAGAGAUCGAAUCUAACGGAUUUCAAGUGAAAGACAUCAUCGAUCUUGACUUAUUGGAGGGCAAGCAGAGAGUCGGAAGCUCUCCCGAAUCGACUAGAGUAAAUGACCGAUCUUUUCGGGUGCGGCGUGAUGUGGCAAUCCGUUUGUAUGCUUCACUUCUGGCGUUGUUCACAUUUGGCCUAACAAGUCUCGUUCUACAUGGCCUUACCGUUGCUUCACGACUCUAUCUUCAAGCCAUUGCCGGGACAUCAAUCCUAGUGGUUUUGUGGACUAUGCUUCGAUGGACAAGGCUGCACUCAAUGAAACUAUCGCGAAAGAUUCGACCGAUACUUGAUAUUGCUCAAGUUCUACGUACGAAUACACUGUUUCGUGGAGAUGGAUCAACCGUUCUUUGCCCCGAAAUUUAUCGAGCCUACGAUCUCUGCUGCGAAGAUCCGACCAUCAACGAGUCGAUCCCGAGAACUAUUGAUAGUGACGGUAGCCCGCCAGCAUCUCCAACCGGGAGUAGAAAGAAGAAA